GUGAUCUGUUAAUGCUUUGGUGCGAGUUGCAUCGCAAAAGCUUACGCUUCAAAACACUUUUUAUAUUACUUUGGAUUUUAUUACAAGAUGAGGCCUGCAAAGAAAACUAAAAAACGAUCGGCAACAACAACAAUAUGCAGUUGCUGUGAUAAUACAACGGCCAAGAAAUCACGCUCCACACCCACCAGUCCUCCACCAUCAAUAUCCACGGCAAUUCCAGUACAUGAAACGGGGACAUCUACUGGUCCAUCCAAUGCUCACAAUGGAUCUGGGAACAACACAAUCCAGCACAUCCAGGGUGUUGAUUUUAAUCCUGGACCCGUGCCACCCAAUGAUGUUGUUCUACCACAUCAACAACCCCCUCAGGUACCUGGACCCGUGCCACCCAAUGCAGUAUUUCUACCACAUCAACAACCCCUUCAGGUACCAUUCAACUACUCGGACGACUCUUCUUCAGAAGAUGAGGUCGACCCACCAGCAAAUCUUCAGGAAAUACUCAGCACGCACAUGAUGGGCCUUCUUCCGGAUACUGAUCGAGAAAUUUCAAGCUUCAGCUCCACAAAUGGACAAGGUUCCAACUGCAAUUCCGGAUCAUCUUCUACUGCUCAACUGAACUUGCAGGUUUACAAUCUUUUGAACUCGUCUCUUGCCCCAUCCACUAGGGCAAGUUACCAAAAUGCGCUACAGCACUACAACAAUUUUCAUUCAACUCACUAUCCUCAACAACCGCUAUGGCCCACUACUACAGAACAACUAGGCCAGUUCAUAGCAGUAUGUAAUGCACGUCAGUUAAAGGCAUCCACCAUUACCUCGUAUAUUUCAGCCAUUACCUACGUUCACAAACUUAAUGGCUUUUCAAACCCCGCAGAGUCAUUUGUCAUCAAAAAAUUACUGCACAGCAUCCGUCGCCACAAAAACUUUGAUAGGCGUCAUCCUUUCACACCAGACCAUCUUCAGUUGCUAUUGUCAAAUCUUCGUGUCUUGGUUGCAGACAAGUACACCCAAGUUCUUAUGCGAACUAUGUUUUUGUUUGCCUUCUAUGGGCUGUUUAGAUUAGGGGAACUAGCCACUUCCUCUAUGGGUUUCAUGAAUGUCAUUCAAAGGCAGAACUUAUCCUUUACAUUCAACGGCUCAAUUGUUUCAGGAGUAUCAGUCUUGGUCAAUGCCUACAAACAUUCACAAGGCCGCUGUGCAACAAUCCCAUUAUCCCGUCAGGCAUGCAAACAGUUGUGCCCUAUCCGGGCGGUAUUACGUUAUUUACGUAUAGCCCCACAAUACCCUGGUCCACUUUUCCGUUUCACUAACGGCGAGGCAAUUUCAACUACAUUCUUCCGAGCACUGUUACACAGAUGUGUAAUUGCAUCGAACUUGGAUCCAAAACUUUUUACAGCUCACUCUUUUCGUAUUGGGGGCGCAACUCACGCACAUAGCAACCACAUGUCCCCAUCCCAAAUUCAGCAACUAGGUCGAUGGAAAUCACAAGCAUACCUUAAUUACAUACGCCCUCAAUCUCUCCCCAUAUAG